GUUCGCGCUGCGGCGGGAGGUGGCGGCUGGGUGGGAGGUGUGUGCGCGUGUGCCGCGCCGUAGGGAGCGGCGGGUCGCGCCGCCGGCUGUCAGCUAGCUCCGCGCCGCCGCCCGAUGGCGCGAGGAGGCGCGCGGGCCCAGCCCCGGGGGGCCGGCCGCGGGUGAGCCCCUCGGCCUGCCGCCUGCUAGCAUGUCACCUCCAGCCGCCGCCGCCGCAGCCUCCGCCAGCCGCGCCCGCGCCCCCGCCUCCCGCAGCCGCAGCCGCUGCCUCGGGCAUUGGCCCCCAGACCCCCGCCUCUGAUCCACGCCCAGACCCUAGCGCCAGAGGGCCAUGGCCGGCCAGGGGGACUGCUGCGUCAAGGUGGCCGUCAGGAUCCGGCCCCAGCUGUCGAAGGAGAAGAUUGAGGGCUGUCACAUCUGUACCUCUGUUACCCCGGGAGAGCCCCAGGUCCUGCUGGGGAAGGACAAGGCCUUCACCUAUGACUUUGUCUUCGACCUGGACACCUGGCAAGAACAGAUCUAUUCCACCUGUGUGAGCAAGCUCAUCGAGGGCUGCUUCGAGGGCUAUAAUGCCACGGUGCUGGCCUAUGGGCAGACGGGGGCCGGCAAGACGUACACCAUGGGCACUGGCUUUGACAUGGCAACGUCGGAGGAGGAGCAGGGCAUCAUCCCGAGGGCCAUCGCACACCUCUUUGGGGGCAUUGCCGAGCGCAAGCGUCGGGCACAGGAGCAGGGCGUGGCUGGACCUGAGUUCAAAGUCAGCGCCCAGUUUCUGGAGCUCUACAAUGAGGAGAUCCUUGACCUGUUUGACAGCACCCGUGACCCUGACGCCCGCCACCGCAGGUCCAACAUCAAGAUCCACGAGGACACAAACGGUGGUAUAUACACCACUGGUGUCACUUCUCGCCUCAUCCACUCCCAGGAGGAGCUGAUCCAGUGCCUGAAGCAGGGGGCCCUGUCCCGCACCACAGCCAGCACCCAGAUGAAUGUGCAGAGCUCACGCUCGCACGCCAUCUUCACCAUCCACCUGUGCCAGAUGCGCAUGUGCACCCAGCCCGACCUGGUGAAUGAGGCAGUGACCGGGCUUCCUGAUGGUACACCUCCCUCGAGUGAGUAUGAGACACUCACCGCUAAGUUUCACUUUGUGGACCUGGCCGGCUCAGAGCGGCUGAAGCGGACAGGGGCUACUGGCGAGCGGGCCAAGGAGGGCAUCUCCAUCAACUGUGGCCUGCUGGCCUUGGGCAAUGUGAUCAGCGCCUUAGGGGACCAGAGCAAGAAGGUGGUGCACGUUCCCUACAGGGACUCCAAGCUCACUCGGCUCCUCCAGGAUUCGCUGGGGGGCAACAGCCAGACCAUCAUGAUCGCCUGUGUGAGCCCCUCAGACCGGGAUUUCAUGGAGACCCUCAACACACUCAAAUACGCCAAUCGGGCCCGCAACAUCAAGAACAAGGUGGUAGUGAACCAGGACAAGACCAGCCAGCAAAUCAGUGCACUGCGGGCUGAGAUUGCUCGGCUGCAGAUGGAGCUGAUGGAGUAUAAGGCGGGCAAGCGAGUGAUAGGAGAGGAUGGCGCCGAGGGCUAUAGUGAUCUGUUCCGGGAGAAUGCCAUGCUACAGAAGGAGAAUGGGGCCCUGCGGCUGCGGGUGAAAGCCAUGCAGGAGGCCAUCGACGCCAUCAACAACCGUGUCACCCAGCUCAUGAGCCAGGAGGCGAACCUGCUGCUAGCUAAGGCCGGCGAUGGCAAUGAGGCCAUUGGUGCGCUGAUCCAGAACUACAUCCGGGAGAUCGAGGAGCUACGGACUAAGCUCCUGGAGAGUGAAGCCAUGAAUGAGUCCCUGCGCCGCAGCCUCUCACGGGCCUCGGCUAGGAGCCCCUACUCCCUGGGUGCUUCUCCAGCCGCCCCGGCCUUCGGGGGCAGCCCGGCCAGCUCCAUGGAGGAUGCCUCGGAGGUGAUCCGCAGGGCCAAGCAGGACCUGGAGCGGCUAAAGAAGAAGGAGGUCAGGCAGCGGAGGAAGAGCCCCGAGAAGGAAGCCUUCAAAAAGAGGGCAAAACUCCAACAGGAGAACAGUGAGGAGACGGAUGAGAACGAGGCGGAGGAGGAGGAGGAAGAGCGAGACGAGAGUGGCUGUGAGGAGGAGGAAGGGCGCGAGGAUGAAGAUGAGGACUCGGGCAGUGAAGAGAGCCUGGUGGACUCAGACUCAGACCCCGAGGAGAAGGAGGUGAACUUCCAGGCGGACCUGGCCGACCUGACUUGUGAGAUCGAAAUCAAGCAGAAGCUGAUCGACGAGCUGGAGAACAGCCAGCGGCGGCUACAGACACUCAAGCACCAGUAUGAGGAAAAGCUGAUUCUGCUUCAGAACAAGAUCCGAGACACACAGCUGGAGCGCGACCGCGUGCUGCAGAACCUCAGCACCAUGGAGUGCUACACUGAGGAGAAGGCCAACAAGAUCAAGGCAGACUAUGAGAAGAGGCUGCGGGAGAUGAACCGGGACCUGCAGAAGCUGCAGGCUGCCCAGAAAGAGCACGCCCGGCUGCUCAAGAACCAGUCGCGCUACGAGAGGGAGCUGAAGAAGCUACAGGCCGAAGUGGCUGAGAUGAAGAAGGCCAAGGUGGCCCUGAUGAAGCAGAUGCGUGAGGAGCAGCAGCGGCGGCGGCUAGUGGAGACCAAGAGGAACCGGGAGAUCGCGCAGCUCAAGAAGGAACAGCGGCGACAGGAGUUUCAGAUCCGAGCUCUGGAGUCCCAGAAGCGGCAGCAGGAGAUGGUCCUGAGGAGGAAGACCCAGGAGGUUUCUGCACUGAGGCGCCUGGCCAAGCCCAUGUCUGAGCGGGUGGCAGGGCGUGCAGGACUAAAGCCACCCAUGCUGGAUUCUGGGGCUGAGGUGUCAGCCAGCACUACCUCAUCUGAGGCUGAAUCAGGGGCCCGCUCUGUCUCCAGCAUUGUGCGCCAGUGGAACCGCAAAAUCAACCACUUCUUGGGGGACCAUCCUCCGCCCACUGUCAAUGGCACCCGUCCUGCCCGAAAGAAGUUCCAGAAGAAAGGGGCCAGCCAGAGCUUCAGUAAGGCGGCAAGGCUCAAGUGGCAGUCCCUGGAGCGACGGAUCAUUGACAUCGUCAUGCAGAGAAUGACCAUUGUCAACCUGGAGGCUGACAUGGAGCGGCUCAUCAAGAAAAGGGAGGAGCUGUUCCUCCUGCAGGAGACACUGCGGAGGAAGCGGGAGCGGCUGCAGGCUGAGAGCCCCGAGGAAGAGAAGGGGCUGCAGGAGCUGGCCGAGGAGAUCGAGGUGCUGGCAGCCAACAUCGACUACAUCAAUGACAGCAUCACCGACUGCCAGGCCACCAUCGUGCAGCUGGAGGAGACCAAGGAGGAGCUGGACUCCACAGACACAUCCGUGGUCAUCAGCUCCUGCUCCCUGGCUGAAGCCCGCCUCCUGCUAGACAACUUCCUCAAGGCAUCCAUUGACAAGGGGCUGCAAGUGGCACAAAAGGAAGCCCAGAUCCGGCUGUUGGAGGGCCGACUGAGGCAGACAGAUAUGGCGGGCUCCUCCCAGAACCAUCUGCUCCUGGACGCCCUGCGUGAGAAGGCUGAGGCUCACCCCGAGCUGCAGGCCCUCAUCUACAAUGUGCAGCAGGAGAAUGGCUACGCCAGCACAGAUGAGGAGAUCUCAGAGUUCUCUGAGGGGAGCUUCUCCCAGUCAUUCACCAUGAAAGGCUCCACCAGCCAUGACGAUUUCAAGUUCAAGAGCGAGCCCAAACUGUCUGCCCAAAUGAAAGCUGUGUCGGCCGAGUGCCUGGGCCCCCCACUGGAUAGCUCCACCAAGAACAUCACCAAGUCCCUGGCCUCCCUCGUUGAGAUCAAAGAGGACGGAGUGGGCUUCUCUGUCCGAGACCCCUAUUACCGGGACAGGGUCUCGCGCACCGUCAGCCUGCCUACCCGGGGCAGCACUUUCCCCAGGCAGUCUCGAGCCACAGAGACGUCCCCGCUGACGAGAAGGAAGUCCUACGACCGAGGGCAGCCCAUUAGGUCCACAGAUGUGGGAUUCACACCCCCAUCAUCCCCUCCCACUCGGCCCCGCAAUGACCGCAAUGUCUUCUCUCGUCUCACCAGUAAUCAGAGCCAGGGGUCAGCGCUGGACAAGUCUGAUGACAGCGACUCCUCUUUGUCGGAGGUCCUGAGGGGCAUCAUUUCCCCGGUUGGAGGAGCCAAGGGUGCACGGACGGCCCCACUGCAGUGUGUCUCCAUGGCCGAAGGCCACACCAAGCCCAUCCUCUGCCUGGAUGCCACGGAUGAGUUGCUAUUCACAGGGUCCAAAGACCGAAGCUGCAAGAUGUGGAACUUGGUUACGGGACAGGAGAUCGCAGCUCUAAAGGGCCACCCCAACAACGUGGUCUCCAUCAAGUACUGCAGCCACUCGGGGCUUGUGUUCUCAGUGUCCACCUCCUACAUCAAGGUGUGGGACAUCCGGGACUCGGCCAAGUGCAUUCGGACUCUCACGUCCUCGGGCCAGGUGAUCUCAGGGGAUGCCUGUGCCGCCGCAUCCACCCGUGCCAUCACCAGUGCUCAGGGCGAGCAUCAGAUCAACCAGAUCGCCCUCAGCCCUUCGGGCACCAUGCUGUAUGCCGCUUCGGGCAACGCUGUCCGCAUCUGGGAGCUUAGCAGGUUCCAGCCUGUCGGCAAGCUGACUGGCCACAUCGGCCCUGUGAUGUGCCUGACGGUCACCCAGACAGCCAGCCAGCACGACCUCGUGGUGACUGGCUCCAAGGACCACUACGUUAAGAUGUUCGAGCUGGGCGAGUGUGUGACGGGCACCAUUGGCCCCACUCACAACUUCGAGCCCCCGCACUACGAUGGCAUCGAGUGUCUUGCCAUCCAGGGAGACAUCCUGUUCAGUGGCUCCCGAGAUAACGGCAUCAAGAAGUGGGACCUAGACCAGCAGGAGCUCAUCCAGCAAAUCCCCAAUGCGCACAAGGACUGGGUGUGCGCCCUGGCCUUCAUCCCGGGCCGCCCCAUGCUGCUCAGCGCCUGCCGUGCGGGCGUCAUCAAGGUCUGGAACGUGGACAACUUCACACCCAUCGGUGAGAUCAAGGGCCACGACAGUCCCAUCAAUGCCAUCUGCACCAAUGCCAAGCACAUCUUCACAGCCUCCAGUGACUGCCGGGUAAAGUUGUGGAAUUACGUCCCUGGACUCACCCCCUGCCUUCCUCGCCGAGUCCUGGCCAUAAAGGGCCGCGCCACCACCAUGCCCUGACCCUCCCCAUGUCUCCCUGUCUCCUCUCUCAUUCUUCCCCUCUUUCCUUUUCCCUCUCUUUCCCCACUUCGAUCUGAGCUGCUUCUUAACGGUAUGAGAUUAUUUUACUCCUUCUUCUUCCUCUCCCUUCCUGUCCUGCCUGGCCCAGAGAGGUGCCCUGCCUGUCCCUCCUGCGCCCACCGUCCUCUUCCAAGCAUGAACAGUGGGACAGGCCCCAGGAGAUGGGUGCCAGGGAGCAGAAGGGGGAGCUUUCAGGCCUGGACAAAACAAAACACCAAAAAAAAAAAAAAAAAAAGAAAACCCAUUACAAAGCUCCCCCGGGGGCCUCUGAGUGCACAGGCCUCUCCAUCUGCCCAGCACCCCACCACCUGCAGUCCACCACCCCGCAAGCCGUGCUUGCCUCCCAGCCCCAACCACAUUUGGGGAGUUUGGGGAAUCCAGUUCAUCCUCUACUUUUGGGGGCAGCCAGCCAAGCCCACUGCAAAAGCUGACCGGCACCCCUCCACUUUGUCCUCCACCCCAGUGACCUGACGGUGAAGUUCUGGAGUGUCCGGCGGUUACCCCACAGCGGCCCACCCUAGGAGUGAGGUCAGAGGGAUGCCCCCGGACCCUCGACCCCAGCAGCCUGGACAGCAUGGAAGGGAAGCUGUGACCCGGCCGAUGGGGCCAGCUGCUCUGGGGACAGAGGGCGUGGCCCCCUCUCCUGCCCUCCUCCCUCUCCCUUUGCCUUCCCACAGGACGCUGUUCCCUCAUCCCUCCCCUGCCUCUCAGGAGCCUCUGGGUGAGAGAGAGGCUGGGGAGGAAAUUAAGCUGUGAAGCCAAAGGGCAUUAUCCCUUCUUGUUCUCCUCCCGGCAGUCCUGGCCACAUUGUCUCCUGCUGAACCAGCUCUGCCCCUUUCUCAGGCCUUUGGCCCAGCGGUGGGGCCCUGUGGGGAGGUGCAGCAGCCUGGCCCCAUCCCACCCUUCUGAGGAGCUGGCCUCCCCCCUUCUCCCAGCCCAGCCUCUAGAGCCACUGCACCUGCCUCUGAGCCCAAAAAGAUAGUCCUCAGGUAGCUAAGGAAACCAGGUGUGGGCGGCUGGGCCUUGCAGCUAACCCUUAACCCUCUGGCCACCCGCAGAUAGCCCCAACUGGCCCCAACAGUUCCCUGGGGUCCCUUUCAGAUGGGGCCAAGGUGGAGCUGCUAGAAAGAUUCCUUUGGGGAGAUGGUCAGAAAUACUUCAGUUAUUUAUUAUUUUGUUAUUUUUAUUUUUUGCUGUUGCCUCCUGGAAACGGACUUGAAGUUUCUUCCCCUAUAUUCUUUCCCUCAGCUCUUGGGGGCCAGAAAUCCCAAAGGGAGUGGGCUGCCCCGGCCCUCCAGGGCCGCCUCCUCUGUUUGCUUUGCGGAGGAGGGAACUGCUCCUUCGACUCUGCAGCUCGGGCCUGUCCCCGACACAGCCCCCAGGGAGCCUUCUAGCUACCCCUGGCCUCUAGGCCGCCUGACGUUCAGUGCCUUCCUCCGUCCUGGGGCCUGGCACCCGUGCCGGGCAGCCUUACACCAGCCAUGCCCGCGGCACCACAUGUGUCUUCUCACUCACGAGUUCUCGCGCCCAGCGCCCCCUGGAAGGCGGGGGCGCUCACCCCACAGCCCAGGCCCGGGGAUUCUGCCCCAGAGUCCUGCGUGGGCCACGUAGGAAGCAGCAUGGGGGCUGUGUCUGCUGGGAGGCGGCUUGGAUGAGGAGGACGGCCUGGCACCCUGGCCCCCGCCCCUCCCCAGCCCUGCAGUCCCCCACUGGGCCGGGGAGUCUCCAGCUUCUCUCUCUCUGGUCAUUCAGGAGACACAUUUUCGGCCUUAAAACUGGCAUGGAGCGCAGGCCCUCCCUUGCAGAAAACUAUCAAGGAAGAGGAAGUUGGCAGAGUUUCUCUGCCCCGGGAAUGGGGACGCCGAGCUCCGGGGAAAUUGUUAAAUCAGUGUUCUGGCGCCCCCUGUUGGGGGAACUCUGGAAUUACAGGAGUGGGCCUUGGGGGGGACUGAGCUCCAUCCCUCUCCCCCGCCCCACCCCCACCCAAAGUUGCCCAUCCUGUUUUUCCGUUGCUUCGCUGGUCUUGUGCUUCCCGGCUUCAGUCUGGGAGCCAGGAGCCAGCCCCACCUCCCUUCAGAGGACGCAGUGACUUUUGGACUUUCCAGAGGUGGUUCUGUGUUUCUGCCCUUGGCUCCCCUCCGUCUUGGGCCGGGGCACUUGGAGCCCUCUCCGUGUGGCGCCCAGUGUUGGGGGGAGGCAGGCCCCAGUGGAGGCUGAGUGAGGCCUGGUCCCUUCCCCGUGCCCUCCUCGGAGCUGCCACAGAGGCUAAGACGGCUGUCCUGCUGGUGCUGGCCCUGCUGGAUGUGGUAUUGAAGUCUGGGGCAGGUGAUAGCAGGAAGGAGACCCCCUUGGAUGCUGGUCUCCUGGGACCUGAACAGUCUGUCUGCAAUGACUGGAAAUCCUUCUUCUUCUGGCCACCCCGGGGGUGCUGGGCAACCCCCUUAGCUCUGAGAUGUGGCCACAAAUCUCUUCCCACUCCUCUCCGUCCCUCCCCACUUGGACAGAAAGUUUUGACCUUGCAACCUGUAAGAAAGAAUCCGUCCGCAUGACUGUUUACAAGCGAUAGAAACACAUAAGACUCUGUCCCCUGAGCUCCCACCCCCGGGCCGGGGAUGCCCCACCUGGGGUGACCGCACUGUAGCUGCAAGGCGUGUUCUUGCACGAAGUGUGAUCUUACGGCCCUGCGAGAGGUGCUCAUCAUCAUUGCCCAUUUUCUGCUGUUUCCGAUGGGUCAGCUACCUCACGGCGGGGCCAGCUCUGCUGUCCUGGCAAGUAUCAUUGACUCUCUAAACUUGAAGUCCUUCAGGAGCCCUGAGCCCAACAUCCCUGAGACACCCCAAGUUGUGCUCCAUGAGAGUUGGAGUCUCUGCCCACUCUUUCAGGGAUGUCCAAGGUCCAUGUUAGGGGGCAGGCCCCCAGCUCCACUCACUGCACAAGCACCCUAAGUGUUGGAAGCACAAAGUGGUUGUGAUUUGAGCACAAUGGCAGGGUCACGCAGGCAGACUCGACAGACCCGGGCCCGGGAGGUUCCUCCCACACUGGCUCUGUCCAAGGUGAGAUUGGGGAUGCCUGUGUCUGGGACAGGGGGCUGCCCUUGCUCAGACCAGGCCUUGGCCCAUGGCUUGUCCUAAUUCUGGGACUCGUCAUCUUACUUCUUGCCCUUCUGUGCCCAUCUUAAGACUGGAGGCUGAGCCUUGUCAGGCCCAGCCACAUCUUUACGCCAUGGGACCAGGAGUAAAGCGCUCUCUAAACCCCGCACCCCAAAUCUCUAAAUGCCUGAGUUCAGGCUGAGUCCUAGCCCUAGUGAGCCUGAAGAGCUUGGACUGAUUCCCUGUCUCCUGGGUCAAGCCCCACUUUGUGCUUUCGAAGCUUAUGAGCGGGUUCCCUGGAUAGAAGGAGUCUUCCAUCCCCACUGCCCUUGGGCCUCUUCAGCAUAGUCCUGUGCCAGGGCCCCGUCCUCACUAUCAGUCAGUUCAGUAUUUGCUUUCAUGUGAGUGACGGACUCCUCUGAAGCAGCUGGAACUCUCAAAGGCAGCGCAUGGAGUUGCCUUGCGAGAUUUCCAAGGAAGGAGGAAAGACUAACAGGCGGAGGCUGGCACACCCAAGCCUUUGAGGUGGUCAGAGUGCCACCUUCAGCCCCUUGGGAAGGGACAGCAGUGGAUCUGGGAGUGGCCUCACCCCGGAUUCAGCCUAGGAAUCUCUUCACCCUCAGCUCUCCAGCCCUGCUGCCUGUCUGGGGGUGUGUGGCCUGGGCAGAGGGUAGUUUAAAGCACAAAACCACAUGGGGAAAACACGAGGUCGCGGGGACUUUCUCAUGUGCCUGAUGUGGUGGAGGGAGACACCAGCAGGCGGCUGCAGUGACGUUAGGGAACAUAACACUUCUUUGCCCUGCUAGCUCUCGGCUCUGGAGGGCAUCCCCCAAUGUGGUCUGGGCUGGGAGCAGGCAUAUGCCCUGGUUGUUGCCUGUGCCUGGUCUAUUCACCAUCGUAUUUGUGUGGGCAGAACCUGCCCUGCAGGAGCAGUGACUUUCUUCCCACUGUGUGUCCCGGACCUGUGGUAUGUGUCCCUUUGCCAUCCCAAACAGGCAACUGCUUGCUGCUCUCCUCACCUGGCAUAGCCUCUUGGUCAGUGGCCAAUGCCCCACAGGCCUUCCUGGGCCUGGCCCUCCUCUCCUGACUCCCAGAUCCUUCCCUGCCCUCUUAUGUGCAAGGACAGAUUUUGCAGGGAAAGUUCUGUUUCUUCUUUGGUAUCUUUGUUCUGUCCCCUGCCCCAUCCCCAGCACUCAUGAUCUUGAAGCCCCCAUCACACCCUAGUUCAGUCCUGUGAACCAUGUCCUGAGGGCCUUGCAGGGAAGUAGGAAAUAGAAACUCCUCCACAAAGAGCCGAGGAUCAGAGAAGACCCCUGAGAUGAAUCAGGGCCCUGCCCUGCCCACCAACUCUUUUCUAGCAAUCAUGCCCUGCCCAGGCUGCAGGCUUCAUUAGGCUCCUGCUGUCCUCUGCGAUGUGACUAGCACAAGGUGUAUAUAUGUUUUGUACCUCUGCCGAUGGCUGUACAUAGUGUAUGAAAGUUAUUUAAGCCUCAUGUUGUACAUUUCUGUUCCUAGAUUGGAUGUGUGUGUUCUAAGAAGUUGUCAUAAAUGAAACCUGAAUGACCAAUGUC